AUGGCUCCCUCUGUUUCCAUUUCUAUUCUGAUAGUAGCAUUAUGGGUUCUUUAUAUCUUGAUGCACUCCACAACUAUGGUUAUUGCAGCUGGCUCUGUGGCAGCAUCUAAUUCAUCAGCGCUUGAACUAGAAGCGAAGGCUCUCCUGGAGAGUGGGUGGUGGAGUGAUCACUCCAACGAUUCAUUCUUAAAUCAUUGCGAGUUGGAUGGAAUCAUGUGCAAUGCUGGUAGAAGCGUCAUAAAGAUUGACAGGGGUAGGUACUAUCAGGGAGAUGAGAUCAGUAAACUCAACAUCUCUUCCUUCCCAAAUUUAGUCCGUCUUGAUCUUUCUCGUAAUUGGCUUACGGGGAGCAUUCCAGUUGAGAUAGGCACCCUUUCAAAGCUCACCCACCUUGAUCUGUCCUUUAAUAAUCUCACAGGUAGGUUGCCUCCUUCAUUUGGAAACCUCACUCAAUUAGUGAAAUUUGACAUUUUUUCAAAUUCUAUCAUCGGUGAGUUACCUCUUUCACUUGCAAACCUCACUAGAUUACAGGCAUUUAACAUUUCCUCUAAUCUAGUCAGUGGUUCCAUACCCGAAGGAUUAGGUAAUUUAAAGAAUCUUCUAGAAUUAAGAUUGAGUGAUAACAAAUUUACCGGAGCAAUCCCUUCUGCUCUUGGCCUUUUAACCAAUCUUUCCAUCUUGGAUUUGUCUUUUAAUAAAAUCAAUGGUUCUAUAGUGCCAGAAAUUGGAUUGCUAAAGAAUUUGUUGGAAUUGGACCUACAAGAAAACAAUCUCACUGGUCCAAUCCCUUUGUCUAUAGGUCAUCUAACCAAUUUGGUUUCUUUGUCUCUUUCUAUGAAUCAAAUCAAUGGUCACAUUCCACUAGAAAUAGGUCAUCUAACCAAUUUGAACUCUUUGUUUCUUGAUUCGAACCAAUUCAAUGGUUCCAUUCCUCCUGAAAUAGGCAACAUGACGAAUUUGGAAGACUUGCAUCUCAAUAAUAACAAUAUUGUUGGUCCAAUCCCUUUGACUAUAGGUCAUUUAACUAGCUUGCAAACUUUGUCCCUUAGUGGGAACCAAAUUAGUGGUUCCAUCCCCAAAGAAAUAGCUGGUUGCAAGCGGUUGAGUGAAUUGGAAUUGAGCCAUAACCAUUUAACUGGAAGCCUUCCAUCUCAAAUUAGUGACCUUCAGUUUUUAAAUGCUACGGACCUAAGUUAUAAUACUAUCAGUGGGGAAAUUCCUUUUAAACUAGGGGAUUCACAAACUUUAAAGUUCUUGAAUCUCAGCAACAAUAAUCUUACUGGAAAUAUUCCGGAUCUUUCACAUUCAGUAACAGAAGUGAACUUUUCCCACAAUUCUUUCCAUGGUCAGAUCCCAGAUAUGUGUGGCUACUACUAUACUUGUGCACCUUCAAACUUCAUCGGCAACAAAGAUUUAUGUGGUGAUGUCGAAGGCUUCCCUCCUUGCCCAAGCAACAAUAGAUCCAUUGUCCAUCAAAUAAAAUUUUUUGUUCCCUUACUUGCUUUCACUACGUUUUUACUUCUUAGGUAUUUUUUCCGCUCUCGAUGUAGAGUUAGGAAAAUGUCAUCUGAGUCAAGGGAAACAAAGAAUGGGGAUUUGUUCUCAAUAUGGAAUUAUGAUGGAAAAAUUGCAUAUGAAGACAUCAUUGAAGCAACAGAGGACUUUGACAUUAGAUAUUGUAUUGGAACAGGUGGUUAUGGUAGUGUUUACAAAGCACAGUUGCCUAAUGGUAAAGUGGUUGCCUUAAAGAAACUUCAUCGCUUAGAGGCUGAGGAUCCAAAUUUUGACAAGAGUUUUAGAAAUGAGGUCAAAAUUUUAACGGAAAUCCGACAUCGGAAUAUUGUGAAACUGCACGGUUAUUGUUUGCACAAACGAUGCAUGUUUUUGGUCUAUGAGUAUAUGGAAAGGGGAAGUCUAUUUUGUGUCCUACACAACAAUGCUGAGGCUGUAGAAUUGGAUUGGAUGAAGAGGGUGAACAUAAUCAAAAGUACAGCACAUGCAUUAUCUUAUAUGCAUCAUGAAGGUGUCCCAGUAAUUGUCCAUCGAGAUAUAACAAGCAACAAUAUUCUAUUGAAUUUUGAGUUAGAGGCAUUUGUGUCAGAUUUUGGCACAGCUAGACUCCUUGAUUCAGAUACCUCCAAUCAAACUUUAAUGGCUGGGACUUACGGUUAUAUUGCUCCAGAAUUGGCCUACACUAUGAAGGUGACUGAAAAAAGUGAUGUUUAUAGCUUUGGAGUGGUGGCAUUAGAAAUAUUAAUGGGAAGGCAUCCAGGCGAACUCUUGACAUCAUUAUCAUCACCUCAAAGUGUGAUGCUAAAUGAAAUAUUAGACAAGCGUCUCCCACCUCCAAAUCGUUUGGUUGCACAGGAUGUUUUUCUUGUUGCUGCAAUUUCAUUUGCUUGCUUACGUGCUAAACCAAAGUCUAGGCCGACAAUGAAAUCAGUGUCUCAAGAAUUUCUUUGUCACAAGAAACCAAUAAUGAACCCCUUACAUGCAGUUUCAGUAUGGCAGCUAAGAAACCAAGAAACUUAUAUGGUUGGAGAGAGUGAAACCCAUUUUGAAAGUCCUUGUUUUCUGGUUGAGAAAGAUAAUGUUUGAUGAGCUUCUAUGAAAAAAUUGUUGUGUAUUACAAUUACAAUAGCUUAAAAAUUCUGUUUGUAAGU